CUUGUCAUCAUCCAUAUGUGCUUCAGGCGUCCCCAUUAUUUUAGUUCUUCCCUCUUCAUAGUUUCCAAACAGAAUCGAAUAAUAAAGCUCACAUGCCUGGCGGUUGCAGCAUCAGAGCUCUGUGGAUCCUUAACAAUCUCGACGGCGUCGUUUUCUCCAGGAGGUUUCCGGUGGUGGAGAAGCAGUGGCGGGCUGCUUGCAAGACCGAAAACGAGAGCUCAAAUGAGGAUCCGGUUAGGUACACUGUUCCACCAUUUCUUCCAAAUGAUUCAGAGAUAGCUGCUGCAUUUGUGGAGAGGAAGAAAAGUGAGGGUUCAACACGUGGGUAUGGCAUAAGGGUGACUCAUUCAGAUAAAAGGUCGGACUCCUGGGUUGAUGACCCUAUUACGCGUCACAUUAUAAGCCUUCGCAUAGGUGCAGAGGAGGAAGGAGAGAGUUAUCUAUUAUGGCCUUUAGUUUUGCAUGUAAGGGGCCCUUAUUGCAUCCUUGCUUUGCCGUUGAUUGAGCCAAGGCAUUUAAAAGUAUAUUCAAGAUUAUGCAGAAGAUCUGAUUGUGGAAAUGCUGCUGGAGUGGAUGAAAGCAUAUCUUCUCUCCUGCUUGAUCUUCCUUCCAUCACAGGGGCAUUCAUGGUGGCACUUGCUAUUGGUGAUAUAAUUAUUGGUGAUAUGGUGGAUCCAGAGGUGGUUGUAAGUGUGUCACCAUCUGUGGGAGGACUAUUGGAUUCCUUAACUGGAAGCAUAGGGAUAUCAGGUAUCUCUUCUAGGGCAAAACCUGUUGCAGCACCAGUUGCAUCUGCUACGCCAUCCAGCACUGCCGCAAUUGGAGCUGUUGCAUCAGAUGCUCCAAAAAUUGGUUCAAGGCCUUUGGAUAAAGAUGCACUUCGAAAUUUCAUAAGUGGUGCAAUGCCCUUCGGUACUCCCCUGGACCUCAACUACUCCAACAUUUUCACUGUCAAGGUUAACGGGUUUUCUUCAUCAGAUCUGCCCCCAUCAGACCUAAAACAACCAGCAUGGAAACCAUAUCUUUACAAAGGAAAGCAAAGAAUACUGUUCACCGUUCAUGAGAUUGUUCACGCUGCCAUGUAUGAUAGAGAUGACAUUUCAGACACCAUAUCCAUCGCAGGCCAAAUAAACUGUCGAGCAGAAUUGGAAGGCUUGCCUGAUGUAUCACUCCCUUUGACCGGGUUGAACAAGGCUCAUGUUGAAGUCUUAUCUUUCCAUCCUUGUGCUCAAGUUCCAGAACAAGGUGUGGAUAAGCAGGCCAUGAUGUUUUCACCGCCAUUGGGCAAUUUUGUUUUGGUGCGUUACCAGGCAAAUUGUGCCUUUGGUCCUCCUAUAAUGGGAUUUUACCAGUUGUCAAUGGUCUCUGAGGACGAAGGUGCAUUUCUAUUCAAGUUGCAAAUAAUGGAAGGUUAUAAGGCUCCUUUGACAAUGGAAUUCUGUAAUGUAACUAUGCCUUUUCCAAGAAGAAGAAUUGUGUCUUUUGAUGGGACUCCUUCCGUUGGAACUGUUUCAACAACAGAGCACAUAGUUGAAUGGAAAAUUAUUCCAAGUGGUAGGAGCCUCACUGGUAAAAGUAUUGAAGCAACUUUCCCUGGAACAGUUCGAUUUGCGCCAUGGCAAAUUCAAAGAGCGCCUUCCUCGAAGUCUGGUUCUGAUAACAGGAGUGACGGAGAUAGUGAUGUUGAGACUGAGAGCGCAAACAAUAUGGUAAAUGUGGAGGAAUUCUUAAUGGAGAAAAUGAGUAAGGACCUUCCUCCAGUUGAUCUAGAGGAGCCAUUUUGCUGGCAAGCAUAUAACUAUGCCAAAGUAUCUUUCAAGAUAACUGGGGCUUCAUUAUCUGGAAUGUCCAUUGAUGCUAAAUCUGUGAGCAUCUACCCAGCUGUUAAAGCACCUGUGGAGUUGUCAACUCAGGUUACUUCUGGGGAUUAUAUACUGUGGAAUACUUUGGGGAAGUGUCCAUCUGCAGCAACAGCUUAAGCACAUGGAUUUUAUUGCAAUGAAAUAAUGCAAGAAUCAUAUUAUCUCACAAAACAGAUGCUUGCUGUUACCCUGCGGACAUGCUUUGAAAUUCUAUACUCGCCGGGUGCCUGGUAAUUAUUUUGCCAUGGGCAGGCUUUUGACAGCGGCAUACUCCUUGAUGCUCAUCAUAUAGUCUGUGGACCCUAUUUUAGAACAGAGGAAUGGGAAAUGAGGGUAAUGUGAGAUUUUGGGUGGGCUGGCUAUAUAAAGAAAAUUUUGUCGAUGUUGUAAGUUUCCAAAAUGGUACAUUUUGUGUUUGAAUUGAGCCAUCACUUCUUUUCUACUGAAUUUCCUGGGAGAAUGGGGCACAGCCUAGCUCAAGUAGCCAAUUGCUUCCAUCUUUGAUUCUCCUCAUGUUUGUCUGUAUUCUGUAAUAUAAUGAUUGGUUGGUAAUUUGUAAUUGCUUUUUAUCAUUA